AUGUCGCUCGCUACAAAUCUCGGCUCGUCAUUACGGACGGCUAGCAGCACCGUCAAUGCUGCCGUUGCGUCCACCUCCUCCUCGGCGAUUCGAGCCUUCUCCGUCUCUGCCCGCGCCUCUGCCAAGCCAAGAAAGAAACGCAAUGCAGACGAUCCGAUGUCCCUCCGCAGGAUGGCCAAAUUCAACUACGACGAUGUUCCGACGCUGGGACAUGCCAUCUUGGCACGCAAGCGUGAAAUGCUGCAGCUGAUGCGUACGGUCGAAUUCGAGAUCCCAAAGCUGUCCAACUUCCGUCAGUCGUACCAGCCGCCUUCGUCUUCGCAAUACCUCCAGUUCCGGUUCCAGCAUUACCAAGGUGAGAACCACCCUGCGUCGCGCAAGGUGGUGCUCAACGUCGAUGUCGAUGCGUUGGUCGAGGCGGGGGCGGUCAAGGACGCCAAGUCGAAGCACAAGCUACUUCUGCUUGCUGGGAGCAGGUUCCACCCGAAGGCGAAAGCGCAGGCCAGGGAUCAGGGCGAGAUCAAGAUCUCGUGCGAGCUGUUCCCCAACGAACGACAGAACAUGAAGUGGUGCUCGGACACGCUCGAUGCGCUGGUCCAGGAAGCCAACGUUCGAACCAACGAGGUGGACGACUUGCCGCUCGACUCGAGGUCGUCGCUGAUCAGGCAGGACAAGAAGCGUCACUAUUUGCGUGCUGAUCGCCCGACGUUGAGGGAUUUCCCCAAGCAGUGGUUGUAA